UGUUCCAUAUAACUGCGGGCUUAUCGAGAAAAUAUAACCAUUGCUUGGUCGAGCUCAUACAGUUUGUGUCUAAGCCUUUUCAAAGUAUCACUCAGAUAUUUCCAACAUCAUGGCUUUCCUUGAAGUAAAGAUCAUUUUGUCCUGCGUGUUUCUGAUGUACACCAACGUAGAAGCAUAUCAACCGCACCGGGAUCCUCUUCCUCUGGCUCACAUCGAGGCCAGGCACAAAACAGUAGUUCAGUAUCAUGCAAAGCAAGUGAUAAGAGACUGGGAUGUGAAUAAUGUGCACAGCCGUCUCCAGGGCGGUAUGAAAUUCAAUUAUGGCUGUCUGACUGUGCCUAAAGAUGGAGCGUACUAUGUCUUCGCACAAGUGUACUUUCGCAGCGGUGGGAGAGUGUAUAUUCAAAAGAAUCAAAAGCAAGUUUUUACCAUGGUUCAACAUCCCUACAAUGUGCCUGAAGGACCCCACUAUACAGGGGGAGUGCUUCACCUAAAAGCUGGCGAUGUCAUUUCGUUGCAGACCGCCACACUCCUCAAAAUUUUCAUGGCGUCUGCUCACACUUACUUUGGAGCAUUCUUGAUUGAGUGAGCCUCACCAAAACAUGUAAAAGCCUUGAAGGAAAUUGUAGCACGAUAUCAAUAAAUGAUAAAAUGAUAUCAAAAAGUG